GCUUUAUAUGUUGCAGUACAGCAAGGAGGAAGCGAAAGUGUUUGUUUUCAUUGCCAGGUAAAAUAGUUGCUGAAAAUGAGAGAACGGAAAAACAGUUUGGGUGAUUCAAAUGGAGCUUGUCCUUGGGCUUCAUUAGGAGAACGGAAAUAUAAAGGAUAUGUUGGUAAACUACCAGUUAUGUGUUGUAGCCUGUUAAUGUAAUUUCUGGAGAAUAGCUCGGUUUUAAAAUCCAUUUGAAUCUGCAGCAGGAUGUAGUCUUUAUAACCUGUUAUCACAAGUUUUAUUGCCAGAAGUUUCUUUGGUUUUGUAGAGGAAGUUUCAUUUCCCUAUUAAAAGCACAUGAAUGUCAGAGGAACUUAUGGAUAUAUGAGGGCAGAGGUAAUCUGUUGACGAGUAAAUGAGAAACUCAGGUCUGUGUGCCUGCGGUAGGUAAAAUGAAAUCAGCUCCUGUCAAACAGAGUUAGGCUGUAGUUCCCUCAAUGCUGCUGGUAGUCCAGUCGCCUUUGUGACUCUGGAUUUACGGCCAGGUUGCUGUUAGGAGGUGGUGUGAGUACGAUCUGUGCAGCAGGUGCACAGAUGUGCAACCUUGUGUGACCAUUUGGCAUUGAAACCUCUCUGUAAGAUAUGUGAAGCCUUUUUUCUGCUUACAUGACAGCUGUUAAAUAGUAACCUGCUAAACAAUUACUUUUCUGUGAUGACAAUUACCUUGUCCCAUUAUAUUUUAAGGGAACUGUUUAAAGAGGUUUAUGACCUCAGAUUUUUGUUCCUUUUCGGUUUUUCACUUUUUUUUUCCCAUAAAUGAGUGUUACCUCACUUAAGAUGUGACAACCAGUUAAAUAAUAGUUUUGAUGUUUGGGAUAACUGUGAGUGAGGGGAGAUGGUGUUUGUGAUCACCCUGGAACAGGUCUGUUACUGUUGGAAGAAAAGUUCACUCUUCUGCUGGGCUGCUUGUGCCUACCUCUUCUUACCUUUCUUCUCCCACUUGAGCUAUCCACAGCUCAUUUCAGCCAAACAUGAAAUUAUUGACAAGCAGUUAUUUGUUUGAAAUUAGAGUGCAGCUGACCUAACUAGCUGGCUGUGGCUGUAAGGGGCAGUCCCACCUUUAGUCCCUGCCUUCAUGCUGCUACUGCUUUGGAUUCAUUCUACAUAUUAGUUUUGUGGCCAGAGAGUGAGUUAAUAUUCUCUUUUGCAUCAGUUGUUUUUCAGGGUGGGUUUUCUGAUAGAUGAGCCACCUGAACCAUCACUCUAUCACUACAAGGUCUGACAUGGAGACAGGGACCUGCAGCUGGGGUUGGGAGAGGGGUGAAGGGUUGCCCUUUCCCUAACCUUUGCAGUCUCAGGGAGGAGGUAGGAAGCUCAUGUUGGAUGGGAAUGAUUGCUGGUUUGCUGGUAAAUUGCACAACCAGUUAUCUGAUUCGGGGCAAGAGGGAGGAGGUGGAACAUGCCAAACAAGAUUAGCAAGUCAAUUCAGUUUUAGGGGAGGGAGGUGUCAAGCUGAACCAGGAUACUGUGGAAAAAUUAAAGGUAUGACAAAAAUGUGUAAGCAUAUGGGAGCAGACCCUUGAUCUUUUGAUGGAAGACUCUGUUAAGUGAAGAGGUGGUAGUUUUCCUCCAUUCCUGGGGAAAAAGCCUGUGUAGAUAGUGAAGCUUUCAAGUUUUCAGUUUUGAUGCAACAGAUGCUGUAUGGUGUUGUCAUUCAGCUGGUGGAGGAGGAGUGGUUUUGAUUUCUGUAGAAAGAUGAGAGAAGAGAGGAUCACACCUUUGCCUGCCCUCUGCCAGUGUCCAAAAUUCCCAGGUUAAGACAAACCCCUUGGUCUUGGCAGGUGUGUUUUCCUCAAAGGAGAUUUUGCUGUAGCUCUCCUCCUGUUGUUUCCCAGGAGAGCUAGUCCUGUAUUAUACCAGCUUCCCAUCAGGAUCGUGGCUGUGGCUGGUGCUGCCACUGGGCUACUGGGAGGGCAGGGAUUAUGUUGUAGACCAUGGUGUGUUAUUUGGCAUCCUGCUGGGGUGGCUCUGCUGUUAGCACACAGGGAGUGAGGCUUGGCUUGCACGCCUGAGUUGCAGUCACACCUUUUGCCUACAGUGCCUUUUGUCAUCUUACUCAACAGUUGGCUCAGGCUUGCUGAGAAAUAACAGUGCAGCUAGUUCCUGCUGCAGUACCUGCAGUAAAGGGUACUGUGCAUCUUUUUCUGCCUGAAUUUGAAGAAACAGGAGGGGCUCUGCAAGAUUUUAAACCAAACUGAAUUGAUGCUGCCACAGUCUCAGUUUUCCCUUCAUGUCAGCUUCUCCUGUUUGAAGAUCAGCAAUUAACAAUUGCCACGUCGUGACUGAAGGUAAAAAAAAAACCACCCAACACUACAGGGAGAUCAGCUCAGCAGCUUUGGGAGGAUCUUUUUAACACAUUCUGAAGGACAGAUAACGUUGUCACGAGUUGUGUCACCUAAAAUUUGAUGCCAGCUGUAGAGUAGAUGGCUCAGCUUCCUCUUGGGAUUCGCUUCAUCACUUCAUUUUCACGGGAUCAGUGGUACAGAGCCUUCAUUUUCUCUCUCACUUUCUUCUUGUACGCCAGCUUCCAUUUAUCAAGGAAACCUAUUAGUAUAGUUAAGGGAGAGCUUCAUAAACAUUGCGCUGCUUCACAUGAAGUUCAACUCAGCUCCUACAAAGAAUAUGCUGCCCAGAUUCAGCCUGUCAAAAAGCUGUCUAAUGUAUCUCAGUGUGGUUGGGAGCCAUUUGAUAAGAACAACUACAAACAGUUACUGGGAGCACUGGAUUACUCAUUUCUGUGUGCAUAUGCAGUUGGAAUGUACUUAAGUGGAAUAAUAGGAGAACGGCUACCUAUCCGGUACUAUCUGACAGUCGGGAUGCUUGCCAGUGGACUCUUCACUGCAAUGUUUGGAUUGGGCUAUUUCUAUAAUAUACAUAAUCUGUGGUUUUACAUAAUUGCCCAGAUAGCUAAUGGGUUGGUGCAAACUACAGGCUGGCCGAGUGUUGUUACAUGUAUUGGCAACUGGUUUGGAAAAGGAAGGAGAGGUUUGAUCAUGGGAAUCUGGAAUUCACACACUUCAGUGGGAAAUAUCUUGGGAUCCUUAAUUGCUGCUUAUUGGGUGUCUACAUGCUGGGGUCUCUCCUUCGUGAUGCCUGGUGUUAUCAUUGCUGUGAUGGGGAUUGUUUGUUUCCUGUUUCUUAUUGAACAUCCUAAAGAUGUAAGUUGCUCCUGCACACCAUCCAGUAGGUUUUCAGAAUGCAAUGAUCACAUGCUUUACUGGCAUCAAAGUUCUAAAACUUUCCUGAAUGGUGAAUCUCGAUUUAGAGUCCAGAUGCCAGCCUUAAAUUCUAAGGAAAAAAGCAAGACUCAGGAUCCCGAGAUGCAGCAUUUGCUUAUUGACAGUGAAAAUUGCAGCGUGUCACUGGACUCGAGCACUGGGGAAGGCAGACAUGGGACAUCAGCUAUCAGCUUCCUCGGGGCCUUGCGAAUACCUGGAGUCAUAGAGUUUUCCCUUUGUCUUCUGUUUGCAAAGCUGGUGAGCUAUACUUUCCUCUUCUGGCUUCCCCUCUAUAUCACAAAUGUAGAGCAUCUUGAUGCCAAAAGAGCUGGAGACCUUUCUACGCUGUUUGACGUAGGUGGAAUCUUUGGUGGAAUUUUGGCAGGCUUGAUUUCAGACAGGCUGGAGAAAAGGGCAUCAACCUGUGGAAUGAUGUUAUUGCUUGCAGCACCCACAUUGUACAUGUUCUCUGCAGUCAGUAAAAUGGGCCUUGAGGCAACUGUAGUGAUGCUGCUUAUCAGUGGUGCCCUGGUGAACGGCCCUUAUGCACUGAUCACCACUGCUGUCUCUGCUGACUUGGGUACUCAUAAAAGCCUGAAAGGGAAUGCAAGAGCUUUGUCCACAGUGACAGCGAUCAUCGAUGGGACAGGAUCUGUAGGUGCAGCUUUGGGGCCUCUCUUAGCUGGUCUUAUUUCCCCAUCUGGUUGGAACAACGUGUUUUACAUGCUUAUGGUGGCAGAUGCAUGUGCCUUGCUAUUCUUACUCCGUCUUAUCCAGAAGGAACUUCGGUGUAACACAGAUCAUACCUUGUUCAAAGAACACUGAGCUAAGAGACCAGAUUUGGAAUAAGGGCUGCAUCAGCGAUCAGAGUUCUUCCCUGAAGAAGAACCUUCGUGGAAUGCAUUAUUCUGUAUUUAAGAUAUUCUGUUUGGCAAAGAAUUUUGCACGUUUGUGGGAAGCAAUGUGAGAAAUGCAACUGGUAAAUCCCUGAAGCUCUUAUUUUUGCACAUGAAUAAGUACCUCAGGAUGGCAACUGUUCAUCAGAUGAAGAGACAGGAACUUUGGGAAGGUUUUAGCAGUGCGCCUCAGCUGAGCCAAAGAGAAAUACCAAGUGCCUUUUUAUUUCUUUUGAUGGGAUGUUUUUAGUUAAAAUGCUGAACUGCGUGUUUUCCAAAAACAAGUCAAAACUAGAGGAGAAGGAAGGCGAAAUCUUAAGAGUCUAGCAGUCAAAUGUCCAGUGUCGGUGAGUGAAGUAUGUAUCCCUAAUGUCAUCUUGCGCACAUACAAGACAAUACCAGCUGGUAAUUCAGAUGCACUGCUAUCUGUAUUUUGAAGCUGCUCAGACAAUAAUAACCUCACCAUAUUAUUAGUUUUUAACUACAGUACUACUUCUAAUCCCAAGGACAACAUUCAGCCUUUCGGUAGGUAAUGAAAUGGGAUUUACUGUUGCGGUGUGCUGCAGUUAACAGUUUUCACAGACUCUCUGGAUGGAUGUUAGUCCUCAAUUAGGAUUGUGCAAAAAGGAGUACUACGCAACAAAAAAGUAGACUAUGAGUCAGAAUUUCCAUUGGAGGGCUCUAAUGAUUUUCAGGGCAUUAUAAACUGGUUGUACAAACGUCACAUAAUUGUUGUGCUGCUCAUCUAGCCUGGGCUGAAACGAGAGGUUGUUCCUUUGGGGUUGGAGAGAACUUUCAACAUGACAGGACUGAAGAGAUGAGCUGCUUUAGUGCCAACUGCCACAGCGAUCUCUGGGUCCUCCCUGCCUUCAGUGCUGGGGUGUGCACGUGGAAGUCAUCAUCAGAUCAGAGCCUUAAUAACCAGGAAUCUUUGAAGUGGCUGGUUUCAAGUAGCUCUGAAUUUUAGAUUCAGGGCCAAAAUAUCUUCAUAUCGGAAAAUAAAAAUUAUCUAGGUGGUAGGUUGUAAGAAAACAUUUCACGAACUGGUGUUAGUUACCCAGCAAAUAGACAGUUUAAUGUCUUCAAAACAUAUCAUUUUGUUGUACAGCUAUCUUCUUAUCUCCUUUGCAAAACAGAUGUUUCUGUGUUUGUUUUUUUUAAUAUGUAUAAAAUGAAAAGGAUUUUUUUUUUUUUGUAUGAGGUGUUUAUACUUAGAUCAUGAAGACGAGAUAAUUUAAACUGUGUAUUGUUCUUAACCGUAUUUAUUAAAGCUCUAGGCAUGUGUGUUGUUCUGAACUACACUUCAAGUUUUGUGAAACAAUGCAGUAGUCUUAACACUUGAUUAACAGAACAGCACUCUCCAAAAUAGUCUUGUAAAAUCUGGGGAAAUGUCUCAUCGGCUGCUGGUGUUGUGUUCCAUGUGCUGGCACAACACUUUAUUUCCAGGGCUAUUUUGUAAUUGUUCAGUCUUUGAUCAGUUAUUUCACUGGUUUGAUUCUGCAUGUACUUGAUGCUUGACUUGGACAGUACAAGAGUGUUUUCAUUUUUAACUGUUUUGCUGAACAGGGAAGACCUCAGUCCCGCAAAGACAUGAGGAAGGUACCAAAGUCCUUGCAAGUGGACGCUCUACUUAAGCCCUGAACCUCCAGUUACAUAGAUGAGUGGUUAACCUCUUGUUACAUCUUGUGUAAACCUGUUGAUACUAGUACGGAUACUCAAUGUCUGCAUUUGUAAAUCUGUGCUGCGUUUGGGCUCUAGGCUGUAGUUAAACGUGACGGAGCUCUGCAGCAACGUUAUUUGAUAGGACCUCCAUCCUGGUGGUGUGUCAUCCUGCCCCUCACUCGGCCAGGCUGGCCCUGGGGGACCACCAGUCGAACCAGGGGGUGGGUCUGGCCUCUGGUGCAGGGAAAAAUAACACUGCAACCCCAAAACAGCUGUACUGGCACAACUUCAGUGGCUGAGGGGGGGAUGGCAGACAUCUUCAGCUGUAGAUGCAAAUCCCUUCACCGUACAAAGGUAUGUAGAGCUAUAUACUAAUUUAUCAAACAAUUUAAACUCCGAUGCACUCCGAUUUUGAGAGGCUGUUCCCUGUGGGCUGAAGUCUUAGAUUAAAACACUUUCAGCUGUAUUUAACAGUCACAGGUUGUAAAGAUAUUUAAACGUGUUUUAGUUGUUGGGGCUGCUGCUGUUAUUUAUUUAUUUAUUUGAAUAGCUUUUGCACUGCAGUGCCUCAGGUGUGGGAUGAUGACGGGGUUGGAGGUGCCAGGCUGAGUCCUUCCUUCCAUCGAUUGUAGGUGUGAGUUAGGACUCUGAGUGUGCCGAUGUCUCCUUCCUUGUUAUUGUGCAGCAUUUUGGCUCUUCCCAGCUACGCGUUUGUAGGGCAAAAGAUAAGGAUUUGGUUUUCUUUCUUGACAACCCUAGAAGUCCCCCAGGCUGUGAAUAAACUGUUUGUUAUGUCAGUAUUGGGUGUCAGUAUCCAUUAAUCUGGAAAAGAAAAAGACUGACAAAAUUGUCUAUGUAGAAAUGUGAGUGACCAGUAGGUAGAGCCAAAUUUAAAUAUGGCUGCAGGGUUUCUUUGUUGUUUUUUAAUGCUGGUUAUUGUGAAUUGUAUCCAUUUACCAUCCCGUGUCAAAUAAAAACAGAUUCUGCUUUAAAAA